UGACGCAAGGCUUCAAAUCCACGAGAUGAGCUGAUGGUUGAUGUUCACGGUUCAAAAGAAAGGAGACUGUAAGAAACUAAAAGAAGCAGUAAGCCUCUGCAAUCCUGCUUUGAACCCCGAAUUUUAAAUCUUUCAUUUCGUUUUGUUUCUGUGAACCACUUUCGUCAUGGAUUGAACCAUCUGACUUUCUCGGGGGAGCUCUCAUUGAUCCUUUGUCGUAUUUAAACUCGUAAAUGUUGCCUUUAAAAUUAUUUUUAAAAUACUCAUGUACUUAAAGGGAAUCAUAUACAGAAAAUUAUAUAGUAUUUUUUUUUACUGGAUAACCCAAAAAUGCACGCCGUGACUAUCCACUCCCCCCUAAAAAUAAUGGUAUGUCCUACUCCCUGCCAUUAGUCCAUGUUGGACCCUGUGCUGAGAAGCAGCUCCUUCGCCACACUAACGGGCUUCCCGCCUCCUUUAAACCCGUCGAAAGAUGCUCAUUUUGGGGAAUAAUACCAAAAACCCAAACCCGACUAGUCUGGAAGAACUUUACCCAAGUGUCUGGAAAGUUUGAAAGAGCGCGUUGCCUGCCCCGCAUCUUCUUCCCAUCUGUUUGCAUUGUUUUAAUCUCAUUGAAUUAAUUCAGCCGACGCGUUUUCCUCUCCGUCUGGAGCGGUCCAAGUCUGAUGAAUUCGCCGAAACGCGACGGAGACGACGACGUGCCCGUUAAAGACCCGGUGAAAUACGGCGAGCUGGUCGUUCUGGGGUACAAUGGAUCUCUGCCAAAUGGAGACCGCGGGCGCCGCAAGAGCCGUUUCGCUCUUUUCCGAAGGGCCAAAGCUAAUGGCGUCAAACCCAGUGCUGUGCACAUCCUCAACACGCCGCAGGACAGCAAGGCGGUCCACAGCAGGGGUCAGCACAGCAUCUCUUUUACUUUGUCGCGUAACCAGACGGUGGUGGUGGAAUAUUGCCACGAUGACAACACAGACAUGUUCCAGAUCGGACGCUCCACGGAAAGCCCAAUUGACUUUGUGGUGACCGACAACUCCGGAGGGUCAAAGGAGGUGGAGGACCCGUCCAUUGCGCCCAGCACCAUUUCACGGUUUGCCUGCAGAGUGGUGUGUGAGCGCAGCCCCCCUUACACCGCUCGCAUCUACGCUGCAGGCUUUGAUUCGUCCAAAAACAUCUUCCUUGGGGAGAAAGCAACUAAAUGGAAAAACCCUGACGGGCACAUGGAUGGUCUGACCACUAACGGGGUUCUUGUCAUGCACCCUGAGGGGUUUCCGGAUGACCCAAAGCAAGGUUUGUGGAGGGAGAUAUCUGUUUGUGGAGAUGUCUAUGCUCUGCGGGAAACUCGGUCUGGACCCACACGUGGCAAACUGGCGGAGGGCGAAAGCAGCGCCCUACGUGAUGGCUCGCUGGUGGAUCUAUGUGGUGCCACGCUCCUGUGGCGUACAGGAGAAGGGCUCACACGGGCCCCCACCCUGCGCCACUUGGAGGCACUUCGUCAGGAGCUCAACGCCUCCCGCCCCCAGUGUCCCGUAGGCCUCAGCACGCUGGCUUUCCCCAGCCUGCCACGCAGCCACAGUCUUGAAGAGCGACAACCCUGGGUCUACCUCAGCUGCGGCCAUGUGCAUGGACGCCACGACUGGGGACAGCGAUCGGAAGGGGAGCAGAGGAAGGGCGAGGGUGCGGCGCCCCAGCGAGAAUGUCCACUGUGCAGGAGCGAGGGCCCUUACGUGCCGCUGUGGCUGGGCUCAGAACCCGCCGUCUACUUGGAUGCAGGACCACCGACUCAUGCUUUCGUCCCGUGCGGCCACGUCUGCUCAGAGAGGACAGCCAGGUACUGGGCAGAAACCUCACUCCCCCACGGGACGCACGCCUUCAGACCCGUCUGCCCCUUUUGCUCGGCGGCCCUCAGCACACCAGGCUGGACACGCCUAAUCUUCCAGGGCCCCAUCGAUUAGCUGCUACUCUGCACAAUCCACCAUCACUACUUCAGGAAGCCCGCUGCGCUUCAUUUGUGGCACAAAGUUCACGAGUGCAGAUCGAUGCAUACGACCUGUACCAAAACAAACCUUUGUGCCACGCAAUGAAGCUUUCGCUGGCUUGUCCUAGCCUUUGUUUAUCCUUUAGUGCUUCAAAAUGAGUAGCUUAGAUAAAAAAAGAAACCCAUACCCAAGACCUCAUCCUGUCCCAAUGAGUCUGUCAGGUUUACAUUUACCCAUUCCACGGUUUCUAUGGAAGUUUGGGUUCAUAGAAAAACUGAAGUCCUGCUGCUUUUCAAACGUGCAUUUUAUCAAAUAACCAUAGCAUAGCGUAGGAUGUGAAGGUCUACAUUUUUUCUCUUGGGGUUCUGUGUUGGCUCAGUAGAGACCCAUAAACCAUUAUUGGCAGGUGAACAACCUUCCUGAACUCAGCUGUGGAUCAAAGGAGAUCUCCACCUUAAAAUGAGGGUCUGUAUUUGAUCACAGGCACACUGUCCUGUAGACGAAAGAGUAGAAGUCAACCAAAGAGUUUGUCAAGUGGGUCAGAACCAGCUCAGUGAAUGUAAGGAGCUGAUGGUGGUGUAAAGGUGGUGUAGUCGGGAGGUGAAGAAGCCCUUCGGACACAAACAGGUUUUCUUAUUGCACUUCCUCUUACUGGUCUUGGAAGUUUCGAGGAAGAUUUUGUUCCCACCAGAAGCAGUCACACCUGUGUGAAGGUAGUUUGGUCAACUAGAUGCUAAACCAAACCAAAAGCUUAAAAUUUCUUUGGCUAAUCAACCAAACCUUGAAGGACUACCCUGCUCUGAAAGGAGGGCUUCAUCAGAUGUAGAGGAAAAGGCUUAGACACUAUUGUUGUCUUCUGUAAAGGCUGCCUGUUGAGAACUCCUACUGGCGUAUGGCAAAAAAACGUCAGUGGUAAUUGAUUGGAAACGCCUGUUCUGGGUCUGGAGUGUUGAAGUUUCUUCAGAAACCACAUCUAUCAGUGUUUCAACCAGUUUUUACCUCUGGCUACUUCUAAAGUAGAGGAUUGUCCUUUCAGUGUUAAGUUGGACCCACAAGCAAUUUGACAUUGUGGUUUACAACUCAGACAAACCUGUAAGACUCUGACUCACCUUUGGUUCCAAAGAAAAAUCUCUUCAUUAACUGAAACCGAAGCAGAGUGAGGAUAAACAAAGGCGGGAGCGAAACCGGGUAAACUCCACUUCACAACUCCAAAAGCAAUAACGGCGCUCACGCUGUGGCGUCUGACCAGGGGGUAACCAUGUCCAGGGAGGGAGUGGGCAGAAAGCUGACCGUAUUCCAGUCAUGCCCUCGCCCUGCAUCAUCGAACAGGGUCCUCGCCGGACUGACGGACGUCCGACCCCCAGCGACCUCAAAACAAACCUGUACUUUUUUUGUUUUUAAGAAAACUAUUUUAUUACCAUGGAGAGGGGUUUCUAGGGAACCUUUCUGUUUCUCAGCGUUAAAAAAAGAAGAAAAAAAAAAGUAGAAUAUUUUUUUAACUGGUGUUGUGUGCUGUUCUGGGUCAGUGUAAAUGUGUGUGUGUGUGUGUGUGUGUGUGUGUGUGUGUGUUUGGGUGUGUGUCUCAAGUGACAGGUCAACACUGUGUCCACCCCCGUCACACGUGCCCUGACUAUGAAUGUAGCCAAAAACUGGCUGUGCUCAGCCUCUGCUGGUGCUUAUAUGAAUAGUCUAUAUUGUGAAGCUAUUUUUGUAAAUGAAUAUUACGGUGUGGCUCGGCAGACGAGCCCAAACGGUCUCAAUAAUGACCUAAAGUCUGGAGGACGGGUCAAACACACUCACAGGGCAAAGGUUGCAUGUGCUGCGCACGCAUUCAGCCGGCACACCACACUUCUGCUUCGCAAAAAGCUUGUGCACGAGGACGUGCACAAAGCCGUCUUCCUUAACUCUCAGUUGGGACAUUUGUUUUGAGAUGAAGCAGUCCAGAAAGCCUUAUACUUGAUCAAAAUGAAAGACCUCUGGUUCCACUCUAUGCUAAUAUGUCCUUUAAGCUACGAUCAGCGUACCAUCAUGGCAAAGCGGGCCAUGGCGUUGAAGCCGUACUUGAGGUUCCUCACUCAAAGCCUGCCUGUUGAAAGGUCAUGAAAGAGAGUAACGGCUCUGACGUAGACAUCAUCGGAUGUCCGUCGAUCAAAGUUUUCUUGACUACAGAGAGUGAAAAAGGGUUCAGUCCAUUUAUCUGAUCAGUCUACACGUUUAUCAACAGGUUUAUUUGAAUAGUGGGAAGCAAAACAAUAACAACAAAUAUUUAGAAAAAUGUGUAUUUUUCUCCAUUUCGGCUCUAAAACUAAAAACUUCUUUGUUGUACUGGAGAACCAACCACCGCUUCUCAGUCUGGAAGGUUUGGUGGCUCAUGUUUUGGAAUCUAAACCUUCAAGUUCUUUCAUGGAAGUUAUGUCUGGGAAAAGUUCCUAAAAAGUAGUUCAGAUCUCUGGUCCCCUGAGAAGAAAAACUCCCCAAAGCUGAAUGUGUCUGAUAGUGAUCUAUGGGCAUUUAUGCCAUAGAGUGGUCAAAGUUCUCUUAUGAACAUUGAGACCUUCAUCUGAAUCUGAAUCUCAGACCACAUAUGGAGCCGCUGACCAGCUUAUUCUUGUGGCUUUUUUUGUUUUUUGGAAAUUUCCCUGGAAUCAGAUUGGUAUCUUCAUGGACACGUCUUUAGCACUGGUAAGCUCCUCUGGACACAUUUGUCCAUAACUUGUUGUUUAAAGUUCUCCACUGAUUUGUCUUGAGGCCUUGAGAUCUUUAGUGAUCCUUCUGAUCUGAUUCUUUAUUGCUUGAAAGAACUCUAAGAGGAAAAACCCUGACCAAGGAAGGCAAACUACUCAUACUUGUAGGGAUUUUUUUGUCUUUAUAUCACUGAGAUGCUUUGUGACGGUCUUGCAGAUCAGUCCAGCCUUGUACAGAUCUACAACCUCAUCCCUGACAUCCUUGAACAUCUCUUUGGAAAAAGAUUGAGAUCUUGGAUCAGGAGCUCCUUUGUUCAAAUUUGGUCAUAGAUUCCUCAACGUUCAUACCUGAACUUUCAGACCUUGAGUUCAAAUGUAUAGUUUUUGCAGAUCAAUCUUUUUGGAUGCCAUAGUUCCAGCUGCUGGGAUCCAGAAAUCUGGAUUGAUGGGAAAAUCUUCUUUUUUUGGUAACUCAUUAAAAUCUACAUUUGUUAUUAACACUUUAAAAAUGGUGUGCUUCAAGCUAAUAGAAUUGGUGUCAACCACCACAUAAACCUUAAAAUAAAAGUCUAGACUGAUCAAACCCAGGAAUCGGCAGGAAUCGAACCAAUUUGACUGGUAUGGUCAUCAGUUUACGCAUGUAUAGACAUAGUUUUCCUCCUACAUGAGCAAGUCAGAUUGACAGGUUGACCCAAGUUACUGCUGGUUAACAGACUGAAAAAAACCUUCUCAGCAUUUCUCAGUUUGGACUCGCGUCUCACCCGUUCCCCCUCAUCCUCCGUCUACGUCUUAUUUAAGGACUCCAGCCAUAACUGAUCAGCGUACCAUGACUGAUCUCUCGCCUUGUGCCUAAAUCUUCCUCCCUCUCCAAAAAAAGGAAAAAUGAGGAAGGCAGGCAUUUGUGAGAUUGCUUUUGAUUCUCCCUAAACAAAAACAAAAAAAAAAAAGUCUGAGAAGUUUGUAUGCAUGCCGAUGAACGUCACCGUCCAGAAUGAUCCAAUCUCCUGCUAAACAGCUGCUGCCCUUUUCAAAAGUUUCUCACUUUACGUCUUUUUUUGAACGUUCUUUUCUAUUUUUAAUACAUCCUCCUAAACUUUUUCUUCAGCUGCACUUCUCCGGAAAGGUUUUCACUCAUUUUCAGCAAAGUCUCUUUCAGCUCUAACCAGUGUUAAUCUAUUGAUUAGUCACCUUUGUAUCCUUGAAGUAGUUUGGUGAGAAGCCGCUAAUGACUUAAAAAAACAGAAAUAUUAGCUUAAAAAGCUGAAAAUGAGUAAAAAAAAAAUCUUUUCUGAAAAGUUUUUUUCAUUUUACUUUAUUUAUUGUAAAAAGUCCUCUUUGGGAUUUAGUUAUUUAUCAUUUGCCCUUAUUUUAUACAUAAUUUUUGGUAGAAAGAAAGAAUUUUUAGUGUUUCCCAGCCACAUGUACUUUAUACCAGUAGCAAAUCCAUAAACGUUAUUUUAACUUUAGAUUUUAUUUUUUAGCACCUUUUUUUUUUUCUUCCCUCCUCAGCUUCUAAACUCACCUCAUUACAGAAAAAUGUAGCGGAUAUGUAUGACACAGCACAGGACCUCACACUUUCUAAAGCAUUCAUGAAGAACUCGAUGUGAUGUUGGCUAUUUUUCUUUUCAUUGUUUUAUAACGUACUCCUGUAAUUGUGCGGUGCACAGACAAUCGCUAUACACGUCAAUAAAGCAUUAAAAAAAUAAAAA